CCACGUGUACCAACUGCGCAUGCUUGAAGAGGUUUUACGUUGUUCGUGCUGGGUGGGGAAUCCCAAGAAGAGUGAAGGAACACAGAUAUUACGGAAAGGACAGUCUCACACGAUUUUAUUGACAAGGCCUACACCCGUAGUUGGACGGGGAACGGUCCUAACCAUGGUCUGUGAUAGCUAACGAGUCGACUAAUUCACUUUUUUUCCUCCAUUUUUUUUUUUCAACCUGAAAGACGCUCCGUUAAACAAACAUAUCCCAUUGCUAGCUAAACAGCUAUCUUAGCUGGUUAGCUAAGUAAGACGCAGCUAACUAUUCGCCAACGAAGCUUUUAAAUUUGAUUACGGUCGGUGUCUAUUUCAAGAUGUCCAGUACGGGGUUCAACUUUCAGAAUGGACCAGGAGGACAGCCAUACGCAAAUGGUCCCUUACAGAAUCAAGUAGUGCUGCAGCCACCAGGACCGGGUUACAACAUGGCCCACCAGCCUCCAUACAACCCAAUGCAAGCCAAGGGCCCCAUGCCGCCUGGCCCUGGACUCUAUAACUCUGGGCCCUACCAGCCCAGCUCACCAGUCAGCUCUUACCAGGCCUCCCCAGGUCAGCCCAGGUUAAACAGGCCUCCUAUGGGACCUCCCCACCCCAUGACGCCCCCUCAGUCCACCAGCCCUUGCCCAGGCCUCAGGAUGCCCCCAGCGCAGGCCACCCCUGCUCUACCUGUGUCUGCUAACAGCUACUACCAGCACCCCCCAGCCUGGCAGUAUGGGGCCCUUCCACUGAUGGGAGCUCCUCCACCAAUGGGGGCGCCGCCUCCUAUGGCCACUCCUCCCCUCGCGUUUGUGGAUAAUCACGUGACCUCCUCGCCUAACUUGGCACCACUCCAGGCCCCCUCGGCGGGGUACAGCGCUGCUCCUUCUCCUGUCUACCACAACGCCAUGCAACCCUCGGGUCCUCCCUUGCCUCCUACCUCCCUCCACAGAUCCACCCAGCCAGGCUCUGCCCCUCCAAUGAACCCUGUGGCUGCUCCUCACACAUACCAGCCAGGUAUGACAGCACCUUACGGCCACCCACCUACAGGACCCACACCCUCGAUGAGACCCACUCCACCCCCCAUGGGCAAUGCUACCCCUCCCCUUCCCUUUGGCCCCAAGACUGAUGCUCAGUGUGGGAGUGAUGCUAGUGAUGAUGCUGCCCACACUGAGUACGACAACCAGGAGAAUGAUAUUGAGUGUCCAGGACACAUACCCACACCUGCUAAUGGCGCUCAAGUUCGCAACAGCUUUGAUCACUUGGAGACAAGCCCUAAAAUGGAUGGCCCACACCAGCAGCCAGCCCCCCCUGUUCGACACAUGGGUCUGUCCUACCCUUCUUUACCCCCAGGGUACCAGAACACCUCCGCCUCCCCCAUGCAGGCCCAGACGCAGCCUUACAGCCAUGCACCUCAGUCAUACCAGCAGCUGUCUGCAGGUCCAGCCCAGCUGAGCCCCUCCCUGGCUGGUUUGAGUCUGCAGUCCCAGACCCCUGAGACCCUGAGGGUGGUUAACCUGCUGCAGGAGAGGAACCUGCUCCCCCCGGGCCCCAUCACCCCUCCUACACCCUGCCUGCCCCAGGACCUGCAGAAAAUCAACUGUCACCCAGAGGUCUUCCGCAGUACCUUGACCAACAUCCCCCAGACCCAGUCUCUGUUAAACAAAGCCAAGCUUCCACUCGGCUUGCUGCUCCACCCCUUCAAAGAUCUCUCGCAACUGCCUGUGGUUACCUCCAGCACCAUAGUGCGGUGUCGCUCCUGCAGGACGUAUAUCAACCCCUUCGUGACCUUCCUGGACCAGAGGAGAUGGAAGUGUAACCUGUGCUACCGGGUCAACGACGUUCCAGAGGAAUUCAUGUACAACCCAGUCACCAGAUCGUACGGAGAGCCACACAAAAGACCCGAGGUCCAGAACGCCACCAUCGAGUUCAUCGCACCUUCAGAAUACAUGCUGAGACCCCCCCAGCCUGCCGUUUAUCUCUUCGUGCUGGAUGUAUCCCACAAUGCCGUGGAAACGGGAUACCUAGAUGUCGUCUGUCAGUCACUGCUGGAGAACAUCAACGCGCUCCCUGGAGACUCCAGGACAAAGAUUGGCUUCAUCUCCUUUGACAGCACCAUCCACUUCUACAACCUCCAGGAAGGCCUGGCCCAACCACAGAUGCUCAUCGUCUCGGACAUUGAAGAUAUAUUUUUACCAACACCAGACAGCCUUUUAGUGAACCUCAAUGAAUGCAAGGAGCUGGUGCAGGAUCUGCUGAAGAGCUUGCCCCAGAUGUUUGGCAAGACCAUGGAGACCCAGUCUGCUCUGGGCCCGGCCCUGCAGGCAGCCUUCAAGCUGCUGUCGCCCACCGGGGGGCGCAUGUCUGUCUUCCAGACCCAGCUGCCCAAACUGGGUGUCGGGGCCCUCAAGUCCAGAGAGGACCCCAACCAGAGAGCUUCAGCCAAGGAAAUCCCGAACCUGUCUCCUGCCACAGACUUCUAUAAGAAGCUGGCCCUGGACUGUUCAGGACAGCAGGUGGCUGUGGACCUAUUCCUACUGAGCUCCCAGUACUGUGAUCUGGCAUCUUUAGCUUGCAUAUCCAGGUACUCAGCAGGAAGUGUGUACUACUACCCCUCAUACCAGCAGCAGCACAACCCAGCCGGGGUUGAGUGCUUCCAGAAGGAUCUCAAGAGGUACCUCACCAGGAAGAUUGGCUUGGAGGCUGUAAUGAGGAUCCGCUGCACUAAAGGUUUGUCCAUCCACACGUUCCAUGGGAACUUCUUUGUGCGCUCCACGGAUCUGCUGUCCCUGCCCAAUGUGAACCCAGACGCGGGCUUUGCUGUGCAGAUGUCCAUUGAGGAGAACCUGGUGGACAUGCAGUCCGUCUCCUUCCAGGCUGCGCUGCUCUACACAUCCAGCAAAGGAGAGAGAAGAAUUCGAGUCCACACCAUGUGUUUGCCUGUUGUCAACUCCCUGUCGGACAUCUUUGCUGGGGCUGAUGUCCAGGCCAUCACUGGUCUGCUGGCUAGCAUGGCUGUGGAUCGCUCGGUGACGUCCAGUUUGAGUGACGCCCGGGACGCAAUGACCAACGCUUCCAUUGACUCUCUGACAUCCUACCGCACCUCUGUGCUCACUAUCCAGCAGCCUGGCCUCCUGGCCCCCGCCUGCCUCAGGCUGUUCCCCCUCUACAUCCUGGCCCUGCUCAAACAGAAAGCCUUCCGAACCGGUACAAGCACCAGGCUGGACGACCGUGUGUUUGCCAUGUGUCAGCUGAAGUACCAGCCCCUGGCCUACGUCAUGCUGAUGAUCCACCCAGCGCUGUACCGCGUGGACGACUUGACUGACGAGGGAGCCCUGAACAUCAGUGAGCGUGCCAUCCCCCAGCCCAGAGUCCAGCAGCUGUCUGUGGAGAAGCUGAGCAGAGAGGGGGCCUUCCUCAUGGAUGCUGGCUCGGUGAUCUAUCUCUGGAUCGGAAGAAACUGCAACCCCGACUUCCUCACGCAAGUCCUGGGGGUCCCAGACUACGCUGCUGUGCCUCAGAACAUGAACCUUCUCCCAGAGUUGGACACUGCAGAGUCCCAGAGAACCAGAGCGUUUGUUGGCUGGCUGAGGGAACAGAGGCCCUUUUUCCCCAUCCUGCAUGUCAUUAGGGAUGAGAGCCCACUGAAAGCCAGCUUUAUGCAGAACAUGAUUGAGGAUCGGACAGAGUCGGCCCUGUCUUACUAUGAGUUUUUACUCCACGUCCAACAGCAAGUCUCCAAGUAAACGCAGCGUAUGGAGUCAGCCCUGGGAACACUGACAGGAUGUGCAUCCGUGUGUGAACGAACGUUGGGAAGAUUGAACCUGUCAGGGACGGCUGCCUCUCACAGCAUCUUCAGUUAUGGCGCACUAUUCUUGUGUCUAGCAUUGCCUUUCUUAAAGAUUGCCCCCCCCCAUCUGCAGACUUUCAAACAGAUCAAACUUUAUGUGGUGAGCAGGACAUGGACAGAGGCAACUUGGCUAAUUCUGAUUUGGCUCUUUUUGUUUUCAGCUGGAACAUGUUGUCAAGACCAGGGAAUCCAUGACACAAUAUUAUGUACAUCAGUGAUUGAGCAAAUCAGUGUUUAUUCUCAUAGAACUAUGCUUUCUAAGAGAUCUUUUCAGAUACAGUUCUGGCUAUGGAUGUGAAGUCUUGUUCAAAAAGCACCGUUGUAUUUGUUAAUAAAGUAAUAUAUGUAUCAUGCUGAAGGCCAUGUUGAAGGAGUAUCGUCUAACCUCGGACUGUUUAUUAUUGGAUGUCCCCUUAUGCAUAAGAAUACAGUAUAUCUCAGCUACGAUGAUGACAAUAGUCAUCUACCAAUUAGUGGUAAAGGACAGAAGUUUGGUUAUUAUUGUGUCGAACAAAUCUCUAGACUUAAUGUAAAGUCCGAAAUGUAGAUGUUUUUAAAGGUGAACAGAGCUCGUUAUAAUUUCCUGCCUUGAAUGUUGUUGACUAAGGGGAAUUCCACGGUAACAGUGCCACUGAUACUCAAAUAUUUCACUUUAAAAUGUAUUUCAAACAAAAAUUGAUUGCAGUGAUUGCAAAGUUAAACAAACCAUAUAACUCUAUGCAUGAUGUCUGUUACUGUGGAAUUGGAAUUGCCCCUAAGCAAUGGAAUGCCGUCUCAUCUCUUGGGUCAGGUCUUUCCUUCAAAGACUCACUCACCCAUUCUCCUCUCCUCAUGGACAUUCAAAACAACUAGCUUUUUGUUUUGUUUUUAGUUUAAUUUAUGAGAUUCCCGAUCUGAUUAAAUACUGUUAUUGCCUUGUAUGGGAACUCACUUUUUAUUAUUGAAACUGUUUAAAUACAGACAAUAUAUAUUAAAUAUUUUAAUAUAAUAGGAUAUGGGAAAUUCUUUAACACAGACAUAUAACAAAGCCAUUGUGAUCUUUUAAUCAUGCUUAUUGAUACUUGUAUAUUGAAAAUACUCCAUUAUAAUGGUAAAGAAUUGUUAAUUUUAGUAUGAAGAUGAAAUGACGCUAAUAAAAUGUUUGGGACUUUUUAAA